AACGGUGCUGUAAAUGGCUUCACAGAAGAAGAAACUGUCAUCCGCAAUGCAGUGGACAAGGCCGCAAUCAAUCCUCUCCGAAUGGCGCUAUACCAGAUCACAGCCGACCCUGAGCUGGCCACGAUGAAAAUUACGAAAGAGAAAAUUCGAGGCGGUGUACUUUUCGACUACGUACUGAGUGCAGAAGACGAGAGGAUUGUCCGCGAGAAAGCCGUCGCGUUCCUCAAAUCCGGCCCCCAUGAGGAACCACCUCCACCGUCGGUUGCGGAGGCGAACAAGCUCAUGAAUCUGUUUGGUGGGCGCAUGAUCGAGGAGAAUGAUGUCCUCCCUGGUUACGAAGAGCUAUCAUUUGACACAUUCCCUCGCGGAGUCGAGUGGGCGAAGGCACCACCACCAAAGGAGAAGCUGGCCGAUUACAAGGUCCUCGUCGUGGGUGCUGGUCUCAGCGGCAUAGCAGCGGCCAUUCAGUUGAAGAAUCUAGGGAUCCCAUACACCGUGAUUGAUAGGCAAGAGACGCUCGGGGGAACAUGGCUCUGGAAUACCUACCCCGAAUGCCGUGUCGACACACUCAGCUACUUGUUCCAAUACAAGUUCGAGAAAAACUACAAGUGGCCGGAGUUCUUCGCUGCGCGACAAGAUACUUUGGUCUACUUGAAGCAUGUCGCUUCGAAGCACGACAUACUGAAAGACUUCCAGUUCAACAAAGAGGUCAUUGCUUCUACUUGGGAUGAAUCUUCAUCAACAUGGAAGGUCACCCUGAAGAGUAAGCUGACCGGCGAGGAAGAAACUGUGACGGCCAACUCGGUGAUCAGCGCGACUGGGCUCUUCAGCACGCCUAACCUUCCAGACAUUCCCGGCAUCACUGAUUUCAAGGGUCACAUCUUCCACACAACUGCUUGGGACCACAAAGUAGAUUAUAAGGACCUCCGAAUUGCCGUGAUUGGUACUGGUUCAACAGGUGCUCAACUUAUCCCAAACCUUGGACGAGUGGCAAAGAACCUUGCCAUCUACCAGAGAACACCCAAUUGGAUCGUCACCAUCGAAGGGUAUCGGGCGCCCGUUCCAAGUGACCUGAAUUGGAUGUUCGACCACAUGCCUUACUACUGGAACUGGUACUGCUAUGCAGCGUACUUCCGAAGUUUGGACCUCGCAGCCGUUCAAGUGAAGGACAAGGAGUACGAAGCCAAGGGUGGAAGAGUGAACGAGAGGAACGACAGUGUCCGAGAAGCAUUGACAAACUUCAUCACCAAGAAGAUGGCAUCCAAGCCCGAAUUAAUCAAGAAGCUUGUGCCAACCUACCCUCCCCUGGUCCGCAGGCUGGUUAUGGACAACGGUUUUUACGAUACUCUAUUGCAGGAUAACUGCGAACUCGUGACCGACAGCAUCGAGCGCAUCACCGAAAAAGGAAUUAAGACAAAGGAUGGCAAGGAGAGGGAAUUCGACUUGAUUGUGUUGGCCGGGGGGUUCAAGACAUCCAAGUACUUCUUCCCGACUAUAUACAAGGGCAAGGGCGGCAUCACGCUCGAACAGCUUUGGAAGAAGGACGGCGCGCGAACAUAUCUCGGCAUGGUCAUGCCAGGCUUCCCCAACUUCUUCUCUCUCUACGGCCCCAACCACCAGCCACGUGGAGGCAGUCUGUAUUCGUGGGCAGAAAUCUGGGCCCGUUAUGCCGUCGCAUCCGUCAAAUGGAUGAUCGAGAACGACAAGAAGUCAAUGGACGUCAAGCCGGAGGUGAACGACAAAUACCAGGACAGCCUAGACGAGGCCUCGAAGAAGCUCAUCUGGGAAUACUCAGAAGGGCAGAGCUACUACGUCAACGAGUUUGGGCGGUCCGGCGUCAACAUGCCGUGGACGACGUCUGAAUACCACGCCAUGGUGAUCAAACCGAAUCCAGAUGACUUUGUGACCACGUGAGCCGCGAAGCUGGUUCGGGCUGGAUGGUUGUAAUCUUUCCCAAGUUGGUGUUUUGAACCUAUAGCGGGUCUUUGCUUCGAGUUGGCCGGGUGUGGCCUAGAGAUCCCCUUGUACUUGGUUUCCUUGAUGAUAUGC